AUGCACACGAUUGUUGCUUCGAUUAUUAUCAGAGAUGAUUGGAUUGUUCGUAAAAGUAAAGAGCCGGGCAUCCUGGCUGACGUCAUCACUGACUGGUGUCAUCCGUUGGCGGUCAACUUGCUCAUCCGUCUGGCAUCGAUGCGGCUAUUAAUAUUCCUUCUUCUACCGGCAAUAACAAGUGCAUUAAAAGUCGAAAGAGAUCUCACGGUGCUACCCCAAAAAUCUGAUCCGACCGCCCAGCUGACGAUCUGGCGAUGGAGGGCUUUACCCUACACUUUGGCGCAUACCUUCUCCGAUGUGGCCCUUAAUAUCGAAACGGCAAAUGAAGAAUCACUGCGAAUUUAUAUGGCUCCCAAUAAGUCUGCCGUCUUAAAUGCUCACGGAAAAGACUACAGUUUGUUUGGGUUACUCCCGACGAAUCAGUUUUUCCAAAGCAGGCGGUUGUCCCUAUUCAACGAGACAUAUGUCGGAGUAUCUGCGAAGGAUCGAUACGAUAUCUCCGUCACUGUUACACCCGUCAGCUUACCGCGCGUCGGCGUCUACACCUUCUCGAUUCUGCUCUUUUGUUUUGCCGCGACACUCGUCCAUCAUACGGCCUUCUAUUAUGCAGGUGGAGCAACGGGAGGCGCUAUGGCGGCCGUCUUGGUGAUCGCGAUUAUAGUCUACAGAUUUGCCCCGAAGAAGACGAUCGGCAUCCCAAUAAUCCUUGGAGGUUGGACUGUGACGGCGUUAAUUUGUCAAACGGCUUACUCGAACUUGACGUGGCUGAUGGCGGGAUAUCGCGACUACAUCAUUUGCUACUUCGCAAUCUGGAUUGCCGCCGCACUCGCUUACACAUAUUAUUGCGGCCCGCCAACGGAAGAGCGCACGUACAACUUGAUGCAGUGGCUUCUACAAGGCCUCUCGUUUGUUGGCAUCUACUGGGGCUCGCAGCUUAUUGAGGUCACUGCGGUCACGAUUGCGUUGUUGCUUUUCGGGUGGAACUUCCCACUUAGUUGGAUCUUGCUGACGCCGCUUCGCAUCUUACGGAUUUGGAAAUAUUCGUCUCCGACACCACGCUUCCUGACGGCAGAAGAAUACGAUCAACAAACCCGAGAAACGACCGCGGUGGAGCUGGACAAGCUACGCAAUUUGCUGAGUUCCCCGAACAGCAACUGGCAGGAUAUCGGGACGCGUGUGUCGGACCCCAAGCGGCUUUUGAAUUUCGCGAAGAAUGGAGCUGACGUGUCAAGGCAAGAACGCAGACGGCACUCAUUUGAAGCGGAGGAACAUGACGACUAUGACGACUUCCAGCCGGACUACAUGCCGGAUAUUCCCCGGCGUACGCCAAACCUUACGUCGUCGCUGCCUGGCUCACGAAGGGUUUCAAACGUGAUGCCGUCUUCGCGGCGUCGCUCCAUUUUACAUGAGCUGGAUGAUGCGGAGACCAGUCUGCUGCAAGAGCUCGAAACUGUGCGCAAGAGGCGACGCGCGGAAACAAGCAGACUAUAUGAAUCGUACAUGGAAGCGGAUGAUGCCUUUUUGGACGAAGAU